UUUUGUUAAACGCCUGUUGCCUCCUCUCUGCUCAUUUCUCUUCCUUGACUCCUCCGCUCCCAUCUCAGGUGGAGAGGAAGAGGCGAGGAGAGGAGGUGAGGGAAGGGAUCAAGGAUGUAGCUACAAACAAAUGAGAAGAGGGAGGUAGACCUUCGUACCCGGAAAGAAAAAGAUUAAAUCGAGCGACUCUUUAACAGACAGAGCGAUGGAUCAGAGGGACAUCCAGCAGGAGUUUAAGGAUCAGUUUCAAGAUGUGGUCUCCAGACUGCAGUCCAAGCACUUCUUCCAGUCUGACUGGGACAUCGCCUCUUUUGCAAUCUUCUUCAUCUUCAUCGGUAUGGUUCUGCUGAUGGUCAUCCUGGUCCUCAUCCGCUGCUGCUGCUGCUGUUGCUGUGAUGAGGGCAAACCUCGAAAACGGAAGGUUGGAGCGGCGAACCAUGCUUUCGAGACUGAACUACACUGAUGAAGUAUUGUUACUGCGGUUAAUGAAGCUAGAAGCAGAGUCUCAUAGUCUGACUCCUGUGCCAAAGCAGAAACUUUUAUUUUACUGUCAGCUGUCUGUCAAUGAAUAGUCUACAUGCACAUAGAAUGAUUUUUUUGCUGACAAGCUCUUUGCUACACUGCUAUGUGAUCUUGUUGUCUGUCACUGCUAUGUGGGAUUUAUUACUUGGAUACCACAGAGGAGUAGGAAACCAGCUAUGAUCACCCUGAGCUGACUGUUUUUAGAUUUGAAUGUCACUUCCUCUUACUAUGUUUGUUUAAAGGAUUCAUUUCAUUUUGAAUGUUUUACUUAGUAAUAAAAAUAUAAACUUUG